AUGGGGGAAAAGAAGAAGCAGCAGAAGAAGACAAAGAUGCUGCAGCAGGUGCUGCAGCAGCUGCAGCAGCAGAUGCAGCAGCAGAUGCAGCAGCAGAAGGAGGGGGAGAAGAGGAGGCCCCAGAGGCCCCAGAGCUGGGAGAAGCUGCUGCUGCUGCUGCUGCUGUUGCUGCUUCUGGAUGGGGGAAAAGAAGAAGCAGCAGAAGAAGACAAAGGUGCUGCAGCAGGUGCAGCAGCAGGUGCUGCAGCAGAUGCAGCAGCAGAUGCAGCAGCAGAAGCAGCAGCAGAAGCAGCUGCAGAAGAAGGGGGAGAAGAGGAGGACCCAGAGGCCCCAGAGCUGGGAGAGGGAGAUGACAUUUUGCUGCUGCCUUGGGAGACAGAUGGAACUGGAGCAGCAACAACAAGGAGGACUGCACCGCAGCAGCAAACUUGGUUGCAGCAGCAGCAGCAGCAGCAGCAGCAGCAACUGCAGCAGCAGCAGCAGCAGCAACUGCAGCAGACGGGCACUAACAAACACUCGAGGUUUGUAGCUGCAGACCUUCUUGUUGCUCAAGUGGAACUGCAGCAGCAACAACAAGGAGGACUGCACCGCAGCAGCAAACUUGAUUGCAGCAGCAGCAGCAGCAGCAGCAACUGCAGCAGCAGCAGCAGCAGCAGCAACUGCAGCAGACGGACACUAACAAACACUCGAGUAUCCCGUCCUGCUGCUGCUGCUGCUGCUGCUGCUGCUGCUGCUGGGGUGGGGAUCGUCUCCUCCCCCGUAGAUAGACGGCAGCUAGCUGUCGAGACACUGCAGCAGGAGCUGCAUGCAAUCGACAGAGAGCUCAAAGACUGGUUUCUUAACAGAAAGGUCCAGCUAGAGAAAGGUCCAGCUAGAGGUAAUACAGCAGCAGCAGCAGCAGCAGCAGCAGCAGCAGCAGCAGCAGCAGAUGGAGAUGCAGCAGCAGCAGCAGCAGGUGCAGAUGCAGAUGCAGGGGUAGUAGCAGCAGCAGCAGAUGCAGAUGCAGCAGCAGUAGAUGCAGCAGAUGCAGCGGUAGACACAGCAGCAGUGCAACAGCAGCAGCAGCAGCAGAUACAGCAGCAGCAGCAGCAGCAGCAGCAGCAGCACAGCCGCCAUGGAUGCUUCUAUGGCAUCUGA